ACGUGGCUCCGGAUCACCUGAUGGAUUCGGGGGGCUGCCGGGGAGGCUGCGGUCGGCAAAAUGGAAGGGACGCUGGAGACGCAUUUGGAAGAUACGAUGAAGAAUCCCUCCAUUGCGGGAGUCCUCUGCACCGAUUCUCAGGGGUUAAAUUUGGGCUGUCGUGGCACCCUCUCAGAUGAGCAUGCAGGUGUAAUAUCUGUUUUGGCCCAGCAAGCAGCAAAAUUAACUUCUGAUCCAACAGAUAUUCCUGUUGUAUGUCUUGAAUCAGACACUGGAAACAUCAUGAUCCAGAAGCAUGAUGGCAUCAUAGUGGCAGUACAUAAAAUGGCAUCUUAAUCUUGCACAUUCACAGUAUUCAUUGCUCUUCAAGAAAUCACUUUUGUGGAACUGUCUUCUGCCAAUUCAUACAAAUGGGAUAUCCAAACUCAUGAAGCCAGAACCUAGUUGAAUCUGUCAACGUCCUCACUUGCCUCCUUUGGUACCGAGUGUACCUACAGAACUUCCAUCGUUUCAUCUUUUGAGUAAUGAAGCACUUUUUUUUAUUGCUGGAGAGGCAGCAACUUAACAGAUGGCCCCAGUGUUAGAGGAACUCAAAAAAAUUUUUGUUGAGGACAAGUAAUGCAUUCUAUCUUGACUAAAUAUUGUGCAUCUACUUUGAUAUAGCAGAAGAAUCUGUUAAGAAAAUCUUGACUUCUUCCUUGGCCCAUUGAAACUAAAAGUCUAUUUCAUCUCAAGCUUGGCUCUUGGUGACUUACGUGGCCAUAUUUGCCGUCAAAUGUAAGAGAUUAGCCAUUGCCGCCUUCUCCAAGAUAUUUUUCACUCUAGUCUAUAGCUUUGGGUUUCCUAUCUCAGUGCAAAUACUGAUCACGACCAAUUCAACGUAAUUUUCUAGAUCCAAAUAUUGCCACCUUGCCAAAAAAAAAAAAAAAGUAUUGCCUCCUUGCAUAUUGAUAGAUAUUUAAAGGAGUUUGAUAACAGCAGUGUGGUUUUUGCACUGCUCUUUUCUGAAGAGUAACCUAGAAAAUAAAUAAGAACAACUCCUCCUCUAACCAGUUAUUAACUAAUGUCAUGAUCUUAUUGUGGUUGAUGAGGCAAUCACAUUCUUUUAUGUGCUGGCUACUAAAAACAUACCAACAGGAUCAAUAUAAGCAUGGAUGUUUCUUGCCCUAAAUUUUAAGAUAAAUUUGCAAGCUUAUACUUAGAAAACAGUUCAUCAGAGUUAAGCCCUGGGGACAUAAUUCAAUUAAGGUUUGGGACUGGUUCUGGUUCUGUUUGAAUAAAAGGAAAUUAACAAGAAAAUAGAACAAGAUAUACCCCUAUGGUAUAUGGGUUAUUUUUUAAUACAGUUUUACUAAUACUUCCUAUCCAAGUAAAAACUACAUAAAUCCUUUCAGUUACUCUCUUAAAAUUCUGAUGCUCCGAAAUUAAAAUACUUAGCAGCAAGAAAUUGAAAAAAAUCUGGUGCCCUUAAUUUUCUUCCAAAAAAGUAAUUAUUUGGCAUUGUGAGAGUCUACUUAGCCAAAGGGAAAUACAUUUUUUUAAAAAAUGGGAAUGGAGGUAGAAGCUGGUGGCAAAGGAUUACAGAGCCAGAAACAGUAAAUACUAGGGGUCUCCAACCUUGGUCACUUUAAGACUGUGGACUUCAACUCCCAGAGUUCCUCAGGCUGAGGGACUCUGGGAGUUGAAGUCCACAAGUCUUAAAGGGACCAAGGUUGGAGACCCCUGAUUUAGAGUACUGAACUGUGAUUGACUGAAAUCUAUUUCAUUGGCUAGAUUGGCAUAAAAAUCCUGAGCCACAAAUUAGCCAACCACAUCUUCAUAUGUUCAACGAAUCAGCUACCUGGGAAACACACAUCACUGGGAUGGAUAAGAUUUGCACAGAGGGAAGGCUGGAAGUCUUAACAGAUUUACUGUAUAAGCAGAAUAGAGGUUUUGCUGUCUUUAUACUCAGCAGUUCCUAAAGAAAGAAAUAUGCUACCUAGGUGGAUGACCUACAGCUCAAGGUUGACUUGUAGAGUCCUUGUUUUCUGAGUUUGGUUAUUUGCUUACAGAUAUAUCAGUACCCUAUCCAAUACUGGGUAACAGCAUCAGAGCACCAGGGUCUCCACAGACAUUCAGAAGAGUGCAUUCAUUCUCUUGAACAUGGGCAGAGCUCUGCAGAAUCCAAUAUAAACAAGGUUCCUUGAGUCUCCUUCCCCAACUACACAUUUGGGGGUGGAGGCAAUUUCCCUUCAGACUUUCUUCCUACCCCCAUGUAUACAGGAGAAAGCUUACGGGGCUUUGUAUUAGAUUCUGAAAUAGUUUUAUUGUUCCCUUCCUUUCAACUUUUAAAUUGUAACAGUAAAUAAUAGUAAAACCAUCGAAGAUUGUGGGCAAAACGGGUAAGAUUUUUUGGGGGUGGAGUAUGAGACAUAGUUUAAAUGGACAAUGUGGAUGACUACAGAUUUCCUCAGCUCUGUAUUGAAUGCUAGUCAGGGAUAUGAUUGGGACACUAGACCUGGGGUCUCCAACCUUAGUAACUUUAAGGCUUGUGGACUUCAACUCCCAGAGUUCCUCAACCAGCUUUGCUGAAGUCCACAAACCUUAAAGUUACUAAGGUUGGAGACCCCUGCACUAGACAUUCCUCCAUAGAGAAAGAAAACUUCUGGAUUGAGUAUUGUGUCCUUUGGACAUUUAGCUGAAUCUGCCUGUUCCUUGCUGCAAUGCACAGAUUGCACACAUUGGCAUUGUAGUUGAAGGGUUUCAUUAGCUUGCAAUUAGUUUCUGCAGAAAAGAAAAAACAACACAACACUAUGUAUACAAUUACUAACCACAGCAGUAAACCACUGUUUACAAUGUACUACUACUGUCUUGAUGUGUGCAUUCACACUAAGAAUAAAAUAUCUAACCAAACCUUGGUUCUGCUGCAAUGACAUCUGCACUGAUGAAGAACAUCCUAAAUCCAAAUCACUGAGGAUUUUUAUGUAAUGAAGGAAAGUUAAAUUUGCAAGUCUGUACUGGUGAUUUUGUGUCAAGCCAUUUCCAAAACUCUUCUAUGUCAGCAAAAAAAGUAAAAAGUGACAAAUUCUCUAGACAUGUAAUUCUCUUAGCUGAGGAAUUCUGGGAGUUGAAAUUACCAAAUUUGAAAAACACUGGAUUAGUCUUAAUUGGCUUUCAAGCAAUUAUUUUUAAAGGGCUGCGGCUGAUAAUAACCAUUUCUCAGGACACUGUGUAACUUGUGAAAAUGGAUUUUGAUUAUUCAAAUGUAAAACUGCAGAGUAUUAUUGUUUUAAAGUCUAUUUACAACCAUGAAAUAAAAGAAAGUGCAAUGUCAUG